AUGACGACCACUACGCAGUUGGACAUCAAGAUUCUAGAGGCCCGUCUCGUACGCAUUUUCGACAGCCUGAAGCCGAAUCAGGAUGUCUUUGUCCAGCUUGUCUGUGGCUUCGACGAUGGCAGUGAGAAGGUUGUUGGCCGGACAGAUGUUUGCAAGAACGGCAACCUCGCGCCCAGGUGGAACCAAAGGUUCCUGUGCAGCCGAAACCGUGGAAAGACGCUGAAAUUCAAGGUCCACAUUGACCAUGUGUGGCGCAGCCCCGUGUUGUGCGGGGAGGCCGAGUAUGAUUUGGACAACUUGUGGAGACGGGCCACUGCCCGGACGCAGGAGGUCCCGGUACCUCUCUUCAAGAAGGGAGAGCAGACGGGAAUCCUGAACAUUAGCAUUACGUUGCAGCCUGCGGGUGGCUACAGCGGCUCGCCUGCGCCUAUGACUUUGGAGCCUUUCUCACCUUCGGGCCCGGGUGGCUUCAGUCCAGGCAACGGGCACUGGAACUCACCGGACAGGCCUAUGGCGGUCAGCAACGGCCAUCCUGGUCAUGCAGUUGGACCAGACAGAUCUUUUCCACCAUCUCCGCAACCCUAUGCGGACGGCUUGGGCCUGCGCAAUUCACUCGCGUCUGCGCCACCUUUGGGGGCUCAGGUCAUGACUGUGAUGGAGCAGCCGGGUCAGGUGCGUGACCCUUUGCCACCCUUUGUGCAGUCUGGGCCUGGGGAGCAUCCGCAGCAGUUGCUGCCUUCGCGCGAUCUGUAUGAGCAACAGGGACACAGAGUCGGAGCCCACGCAACAGUCCCAGCACCACAGACAGCGCCAGCAGCCAAUGCAGCGUAUGCAGCAGCGCAAGCAGCUCAUACAGCGCAAGCGAUGCAGGCUGUGCAGGCUGCGCAGGCAGCACAGGCAGCGCAGCAGGCAGCACAGGCAGCGCAGGCAGCGCAGGCAGCGCAGGCAGCGCAGGCAGCGCAGGCAGCGCAUGCGGCACAAGCAGCGCAGGCAGCGCAUGCAGCACAAGCAGCGCCAACAACGCUCGGCACACGGGCACCGCAAGUUGCUCAAGCAGCACCAGCAGCGCAAACGCAGGCAGCACAAGCACAGGCAGCGCAAGCAGCGCUGGCUGUGCAAGCACCGCCGUCACAGUACCCGCAGGGGGCCUCUGUGCACCGCAGCUUCAACCCUCCGACGAACCUAUCUUCAGAGCCUUUCCCGCCACAACGGCUGGUCCCACCAGCUGCUGCUGAGGUGAGGGGCGUAUCUUGUGGUUGGUGUAGGGGAGAUCGAUCUCCACAGGGACUGCAAGCUCCUGCGCCCGUCCCGGGCAGCCCCAGCGCAGGUAGUGAUGCCGAUGGCCCGUCAAGGGGUCAGUCUGGACAGUGGUGGAACUCCUUCAUCGAUCGAGGUUAA